AUGUCAUUUGACUGUCGGCAUUAUCUCUACGCCGAUGCUGGGUUCGUGGAGCACGCCUGGAAGCCGGACGACAGGGUAGUUAUGGUGUAUUGUGUAGAGUUGGGCGAGGUCUUCUCAGCAUCCCAGUUCUACCACGCGCCGAACCCAGCCGAGGCUGAUGCUUUCCAGGCAAUCCUCUCCCAUGAGCUGCACAAAGUACAGGCGAGACUGGAAGAGUUCGCCACAUAUAUGAAAGAGCUCAAGGUGGAUGGCGUUGUUAAAAGUACACAUGCGUCCAAACCGGGAGAGGGCAUCAUAAAUGUCGCUAAAGAUGUCGGCGCAGGAUUGAUUGUUACCGGAACACGAGGGCUCGGCAAGAUGCGAAGGACAUUUCUGGGCAGUGUUAGUGACUAUCUUAUACAUCAUUCACACGUACCUGUACUGGUGUGUCAAGUGAAAGACAAAAAAGACAAGACGAAAUCGUGA